UUGUUUAGUUCAGUCGCCAAUUCGAAUUUGGCCACAUUUGACCAAGGCCUUCUGCCUACAUUCUUAUUUAGCAUAAAGUCUUUUUUGGAAAAUUAUUUUCUGAAAAUAUGAGAUUUCUAAUUGUUGCCGCAGCAGUUGCUGUGCUUGGCAGUGUUUCUGCUGGAACCGUUCUUCAUAGACCGACACGAGGUUUGGUAGAUGAAGCCACCUGGAAAGUUGAGAGUGAAAGUGAUGAUCAUAUCACAUACGUCCGGAAACCUCUCGAACCAGCACCAACAGGAAAUGUCGACUGCAACCUGACCACUACUGCUACCCCUCCAGCAGCCGUGCCGCGUCGCAGAUCCGGUUCUUCAAGGUGGCGUCCAGAAGUGAGGUCAGGAGUUGAGGAAUCUGCGCGAAGAAAGAGCAGCAGAGGCCGCACAUCAUCCCAAGCAAUUUCGAAACCUAACGAUGACGGAGAUCAUUUGUGGUCUAUUAGUCACAGAACGGAUGAUCAGAUAACCUACACGAGAAGAGGCAGCAGUGGUCAUACUCAAGGACAACCUGGAGAGUUGAGGAGGCUUGGCUCAGGCAGAGAUGCAGUCUUGGCACGAGUCGUUGUCCCUGGCAAGGAGGACGAAUAUACUGAGGAGGCCUUGAUUGAAGGGGUACAACCACAAGGUUCCCGUCACACAGGCUAUCCUACAAACGAACUGGUCCACCCGUACGUCAAGAAACCAGCAGUUUCUGCAACUUCCUCUUCUCGAAGCAGUAAUCGUACAAAAUCAUUGAGAACUACCAGUCGUGGAGGAAAAAGACAACUGAAAUCCCAAACCACUUCUUCAACCCCACCAAAUAUUGAACCCAGCCAUGAGGAUCACCCUCCAAGAGUAGGUGAAGUAGUUAACGGUUGGGUUGUUAUCAGCAAAUCCAAGGACCAUAUCUCUUGGGAACGUUGGGGGUCCACCUCAUCCUCCUCCAGACAGGCGUCGUCGUCGGCUUCAAAUGCGGCUGCCGUUGCCAACCUCCAAGCAAGAAAUUCUCAAAAUGAAAAUCGACUUCGGUCUCUCAAGUCGCUGAGAUCAGGUUCUAGUGCUGGAAGACAAGUCAAAACUCAAAGAAAUAAACUUAUCCCAAGUGCCGAAGGAGAAUUGAUUGAAGGAUUCCCUCGUAUUUUCAACACAUAUUCGAGAGCAUUUUAUGUUAAUGAACGCAACGUUGAUGAAGCUGGCUCUAUCAGGACCAGCUUGAGUGACACAAGCAAUUGGAAUGUGGGAGACGAACUUGCUGGAUGGAAAGUUAUAAGCAAGGAUCACCGUGGAAUUGUUUGGCAGAGAAUGCCUCUGCCCCAAACCUCUCAAAAUGGAAACGUUCUCAAUGAGGAAGAUUUACUAGAUGAACUCAACAAGAAGAAGGGUGGCCAGAAUGAAGAAGAAUCAUCUGAAAGUGACUCCAGCUCUGAAUCCAAGUCCAACGAAGAUGACAACAUUUAUCGAGGCCCCCCAGGAACUUGGUAUUUGUCCAACGAGACUAAGAACAGCAUUACAUGGUCAAGAGACAACACCCCUGCUGAUCUCGUGUUCGAGAUGAACGCGUUCCCAAGAAUAGGGGACACUCAAUCGGGCUGGAAAGUUAGGUCAAAGUCCAGGGACCAUAUCACGUGGGUGAGAUUAAAUAAUGAUGGUUCAGAAGCUGACAGUAAUGAGCAACAAUAAAUAAUGCAAACGAUACCUGUUUUUCUUUGUUACAAUGACAUAAUGAUUAUUAUAUAAUGAUAAGAGUGAAAUAAAAAUAUGUAUACACCAA